CCAGGCACAACAAAUUUCAGAUACCAUUUCUGAAUACCUUGAAGAUAUAAAGGUACUGAUGAACCCAGUUUUGUAUGGGCUGUUUAUGGAAAGGCUAAUUGAAAAUACUAUAUUAGGUUAUAUUGGGGCAUUGAAGUAUGAACACAGUAUAAAGAAUAAGAACAACAAGUUCUUAGAGAGUGUCAAACGUGAUUUCGAGAUCUUUUAUAAGCUCUUCGCUACAUAUAUUGGUUCCUCAGACGAGACCAUAGAAAUAGUGAAGGAGAAAUUUGAAGUCAUGGACUACUUCAUGGAUCUAUGCUGCGAACCUAUUGAUUCAGUGAUGGGCAUAUGGGAUAAUUUCCUACAGAGGUACCCAGAUGUUCCUGUGGUAAUAUUAGAAUUUGUGUUGAAGAGCAGAAAGGAUAUCGAUCGCUCUAGAAGAAAGAAGCUUGUCCAAAGGGCCAUUGAUCUUUCUUUGAGACCUGAACAUUUAGCAUUCAUCAGCAGCGAAGAAUACGAACCAUCGUACCUGUCCAACUUCACCAUCAAAUCAGCAAAGAAGUCUGAGGAUGUAGGA